AUGUAUUGCCAAAAAUGUCGAACACCUCUCAAGCUGGACAGCUCCUUAGAGGACCUCAACCCAGCGGCAUAUGACUUGCUUGUCGGUAAGGAUACCUCUCACCUUCUGCAUCGCGAAACGCCUCAGCCAAGUCCUAAUGCUCAGACUCCUGCAGCAGCUUCUUCCCAGCCUACAACGAAACGGCACCCACCCUCUCGGAAUACGAAUGCACAAGACCAGGCCAGAAAAUCUCUGUACGACCGUAUCUCUAAGGACGCCGGCCCAGCCACGUUCAGGAAACCUGCCGGCCCACUACGACCAGGCGAAGGACAUCAACGAGACAACCCGGGCAUGUCCUUCAUAUAUCUGACAGAAUCCCAAGUUGGGAAUCCGAAGCGCUUACCUGGCCAGUCUGCUUCGCGGCGGGCGACCGGAGACAUGUCGGCAGACGAUGGCAGUUCGAAGUCGCGCGAGAUGGAGCGCAUCACCAAGCUGCAUGAGAUCCUUUCUGCGAGGUCGGACAUAGACCACCCCGUCUGUGUGGAGUGUACUGAAAUGCUUGUCGAGGGUCUACAGAAGAAACUCGAUACCGCGAACCGUGAAAGGGAGGCAUACGUGGCGUACCUAAAGGAAAUGCAAGCAGAAGCGCCAACGGAUGACGAGCUCAAAGCGACCGAGGAUUCACUAAAGAGGACAAAGCAAGGCGAGGCGGAGGCUCUCGCACUUUUGAAGAAUCUGGAACAGGAGAAGGCGCAACUGGAUGAACAUGUUCUACGACUGGAAGACGAAUCACGACAGCUCGACGCCGACGAGGAGCAGUUUUGGCGAGAUCGCAACGCAUUUGCCAUGAAAUUGACAGACUUUCAAAAUGAGCGCGACAGUACCAACUCAAAGUUUGAUCACGACUCUCGCCUGCUCGAAAAGCUCCAGAGGUCGAACGUCUAUAACGACACCUUCUGCAUCAGUUUUGAUGGCUACUUUGCGACCAUUAAUUCGCUCCGGCUCGGUCGUUUAUCGAAUAAGCCCGUCGACUGGCCCGAGAUCAAUGCGGCAUGGGGCCAUGCUCUCCUACUGCUAGUGACCGUCGCUGAUAAGCUCGGCUACCAAUUUGACGGCUACGAAGCUGUUCCCAUGGGCUCAACUUCCAAGAUCAUCCGUUAUGACCCAGUCUCCCCUUCUUCUAGUCGACUCGGCAGCCACAGAAAUGCACCCCCGCCAGCACCCAAAAAGCAUGUUCUAGAGCUGUACUCCUCUGGCGACAUGCCCCUGGGACUCACAUUCAUGCAUCGCAAGUUUGACAACGCCAUGGUUGCCUUUCUAGAAUUGGUGCGGCAGCUCGGCGCCUUCGUCGAGAAACAAAAUGCAAAUAACGCACUCAGCGACCAGACCUUGAUGCUGCCAUACAAGAUCGAGGGCGACAAGAUCGAGGACGUCAGUAUCAAGCUUGGCUUGGCGCAGGAUGAUAGCUGGACCAGGGCUUGCAAAUUGACGUUGACGUGUUGCAAGUUUCUGCUGGCCUGUACCAGCAACUUCAGUGCGGAGAGGAACACUACUGAUCGGAAUGGAAGGAGAAACAAUGGCAACACGGCUUGA